UAGUUCCCUCCGCAGGACGGUCACAUUGGUGACACUGCUUCAACAUCAAAGUGUGAAAAUUUUGAUAAAAAUUUCGAAAAGUACAGGGAUCUGAUUAAUUUGGGAGCAGAUAUAAGCCACCACAGCAUAGCGCCCGUGUGUUCCACCUGAUCGGAAAAUGCACAAAUCGACAGACCGGAUGCGGCGUCUGAAGAAGCUAAAGAGCGUUACGGGUUCGCAGGAUGUCGGUGGUGGUGGAGAAGGAGCAGCUACGGUGGCGGAAAACCGGACCUCCGAUCCUUCGGACACAAACGGCGGAGCCACUACCGGAAAGGAUCCGAGCGUCUUUAAUCCGGACAUCUUCAAGCACUUAGACAAAGCCGGACGAAGCGAAUUCCUGAAGUACCUCAAGCUACAGCUGCAGGAUGCCGCAGAUACGCCCGUUUACGACCGGAACGGCGUCUUUAAGCAGGGCAUUUCCAACGCCAUUUACGAGCUCCUCUGGCAGGCCCUGCGGUUUACCCAUAAGAAGGACCUGGUUCUCCACCUGCUCCUGGAAGUCGUGGCUCUGCAUGCGGACUUCCCAAGCCUCAUAGUGGACGUGGUCAACAUUCUGGAUAGCGAAACCUCGCUUAUGACCGAGGGAUUGCAUGAAGAGCGUCAUGCCUUUGUGCAACUGGUCAAGGACUUGGACAAGGUAGUUCCAGAAAGUCUGCUGAAAGAGCGCUUGGAAAUUGACACAUUGCAGGAGGUGGGAAUUGUUAAGAACAAGAGUUUCUACUCCAAGUUUAUCAAGGUCAAAACCAAGUUAUACUACAAGCAGCGCCGCUUUAAUCUUUUCCGUGAGGAGAGCGAGGGCUUUGCCAAGCUAAUUACAGAACUCAAUCAGGAAUUUGAAGAGAGCACCACGCCAGAGAGCAUUAUGGACAUAAUUAAAUCUCUCAUAGGCUGCUUCAAUCUGGAUCCCAAUCGCGUGCUGGACAUUAUUAUCGAGUCCUUCGAGACUCGACCGGACCGCUGGAACUUGUUUAUUCCCCUGCUGCGCAGCUACAUGCCCACCGGUGCCAUAAUUUGCGAGGUCCUUGGCUACAAGUUCUGUCACUUUAAGGACUCCCGCACGCCGCGCUCCCUAUACCAUGUUUGUGCUCUUUUGCUAAAGCAUGGUGUUAUUGCGCUAAACGAUGUCUAUGUCUGGUUAACUCCGAAUGACGGAAGUAUCAAGGCGGAUUGGGAGGAGGAGCUGGCUGAUGCCAGAGAAAUGGUGCGCAAGUUAAAUCUCAUCCAAACCAACAAAAAGGAGGACGAAAAGGAUCCGCCACCUCCGCCCUCUGUUAAAAAAUUCAAUGAGGAAAAGUACAAUGCCAAUCAGAAGUUUGGUCUCUGCGAGGCCUUACUUAAAGUAGGUGACUGGGAGAAUGCCUACAAAAUCAUCCAAAAGCUGCCAGAACAGGCCGUCGUGCUUCAGGAACCCAUCGCCCGUGCCAUCGCCGAUCUGAUUCACCUGUCCGUUGAGAACAUUUACUACAAGAAGUGCUUUAAGGCACCAGCGGGUCGAAGGCAGAGCCGGAAUCGUUUAUACGACGAUUCCAAGUUGGUGGCCAAGAUGCAGGCGAAGGAGUUUCGCGAUUUGAGGAAGUACACCUGGCCGAUGGCUAAUGUCUUGGGUCCUGCGAUGCAUUAUGACACUGUGCUGAUGUACAAGCUUAUACGGAUUAUGAAAAAACUUGUAGUAGAAAUGGGCGUAGACAGCUUGAACGGACCACCGCCAAAUUCAGAAGCCGAGCAGCAUUACUAUGACAUUAUGAGUUCGCUCGAUGCCUGUAUCCUUCCCUCGUUGCUCUACCUGGACAACAACUGCUCCAUGUCCGAGGAGAUCUGGGCCGUGCUCAAGUAUUUCCCGUACCACUUCCGCUACAGUUUGUAUGCGCGUUGGAAAAACGACAGCUACCAGCUGCAUCCGAAUUUGAUCAGACGGUGUGGAUUGGCUCAGCGUGAUAUUAAGGCUCUGAUGAAGCGAGUGAGCAAGGAGAAUGUUAAGCAGCUGGGUCGACUGGUAGGAAAGUACAGCCACUGUGCGCCAGGACUUCUUUUCGAUUAUAUUCUCUUGCAAAUACAAAUCUAUGACAAUCUCAUCGGCCCCGUCUGCGACAUGCUCAAGUAUCUGACUGCCUUGUCCUUCGACUGCCUGGGAUACUGCAUCAUUGAGUCGCUGACGUUAACAGGUCGUCUCAGGUUCAAGGACGACGGCACUUCUUUGUCUUUGUGGCUGCAAAGCUUGGCCUCAUUUUGUGGCACAAUCUACAAGAAGUACAGCAUCGAGCUAAGCGGAUUGCUACAGUAUGUGGCAAAUCAACUGAAAUCACAGAAGAGUUUGGACCUACUGAUCCUGCGGGAGAUCGUGCACAAGAUGGCGGGCGUAGAGUCCUGCGAAGAGAUGACCAACGACCAGUUGCAGGCGAUGUGCGGCGGCGAACAGCUCAGGGGAGAGGCUGGCUACUUCAGUCAAGUGAGGAACACAAAAAAGUCUUCGAACCGUCUAAAGGAGGCCUUGGCCAACAACGAUCUUGCUGUGGCUAUUUGCCUGUUAAUGGCGCAACAAAAGCAUUGUGUCAUUUAUCGCGAGACGGCGGCGCAAAGUCACUUGAAGUUGGUGGGAAACCUGUACGAUCAGUGCCAGGACACUCUGGUCCAGUUCGGUACCUUCUUGGGGUCCACCUACUCUGUGGACGAGUACGUUGAACGCCUGCCCUCGAUCAUCACCAUGCUGCGGGAGUACCACAUUAACACAGAUGUGGCCUUCUUUCUGGCCAGACCCAUGUUCACCCACCAAAUCAAUCAAAAAUACGACCAGCUACGCAAGGCUGAUCCCAACGCCAAGAAGCUGACCACAGCGCAAAAGCUGCAAAAGUAUCUGGAGGCCACGCAGCUGAUUAUGAAUCCAAUCGUUGAAUCCGUUCGUCCACUGCACAGCGCUAAGGUGUGGGAGGACAUAAGUCCGCAGUUCCUGGUCACCUUCUGGAGCCUGAGCAUGUACGAUUUGCACGUGCCGAACGAGAGCUACCAACGCGAGAUCGGCAAGCUGAAGCAGCUGGCCCAGCAGGCGGCCGAGGGCAAGGACUCCAAUCAAUCGAAGAACAAGAAGGAGCAGGAGCGCUACAUCGCGCUGAUGGAGAAGCUGAACGACGAGCGAAAGAAGCAACACGAGCACGUGGACAAGAUCUCGCAGCGACUGCAGGAGCAAAAGGAUAGUUGGUUCCUGCUUCGGUCCGCCAAGUCGGCCAAAAACGACACCAUCACGCAGUUCCUGCAGCUUUGCCUCUUCCCGCGUUGCACCUUCACAGCCCUGGAUGCGCUGUAUUGCGCCAAGUUCGUGCACGCCAUACACAACCUCAAGACUUCGAACUUCUCCACAUUGCUGUGCUACGAUCGGAUAUUCUGCGACAUCACGUACUCGGUGACUUCGUGCACGGAGGGUGAGGCCACGCGGUACGGCCGUUUCCUGUGCGCCAUGCUGGAGACAGUGAUGCGGUGGCAUGCGGAUCAGGCGGUUUUCAACAAGGAGUGCGCCAACUAUCCUGGUUUCGUGACCAAGUUUCGCGUGAGCAAUCAGUUCUCGGAGGCCAACGAUCAUGUUGGCUAUGAGAAUUAUCGCCAUGUGUGCCACAAGUGGCACUACAAGAUCACCAAGGCGAUCGUGUUCUGUUUGGACUCGAAGGACUUCAUGCAGAUCCGCAAUGCUCUGAUCAUUCUAAUGCGCAUCCUGCCUCACUAUCCGGUUCUUGCCAAACUGGCGCAGAUCAUCGAGCGGAAAGUGGACAAAGUGCGUGAGGAGGAAAAGACAAAGCGACCGGAUCUGUAUGCCAUUGCCUCCAGCUACAUUGGUCAGCUGAAGCUGAAGACGCCUCACAUGCUCAAGGAGAGUGACUUCCACCAGAUGGCCGAGCGGCCCAACAAGGAUUCACCGACCACUGCUGGUGCAUCUGGCACUCCCAUCAAAUCGGACAAGAUGUCGCCCACCUCGCCCCCUGCGCAGGCGGGUAAAGUCACCGGCGGAGCUUCUUCCUUUUACAACAACGAACAAAAGUCGGGCAUCAAGGAACCUGAGGCGAAAGCAGCUUCCCUUUCGCGCAGCGAUUCGAAGAACCAAAAAAGCGAGGGCAACAGCGCCACCAUGGUAUCCACUGCCACCUCAGCGUCAACGACUUCCAGCAACGAUCGUGAGAGCAAGCAACGUGAUCUGCCGGCGCCACGGGAAUCCCAGUCCCGCAGCAAGGAUGACCAGCUGGAGCAGACGAACAACGGCAGCAAUGGCAGCAGACAGAGCGAGAGUCGCAACCGAGAUGCGGAGCGGGACAGACAGGAUCAGCACGACCAGCGACACGGCAGCAUUACUAGCCAUCGCAGCUCCCGGGUCAAGGAGCGAACUGAAGCGGAACAGCAUCAGAGGUCGCGGGAGCGCUCCCAGCGCCUCGAAGAGUUGGAGGCGCAGCAGAGGGGUCUGAAGCGCGAGAAGUCUUCGCGGCGCGGCGGCGAUGAGCGACAUCGGCACGGAGAUGCUGUGGAGACUGUGGAUUUGGUGGGCAGCACCGAUAAUCGUCACUAUGAUGAGUUCGAGGGACGAAUGCGGGACCGUGACUUGAGCUCCGUGUCCAAUGAGAGCAACGGUUCGAUGCAGCACCGACAACGUAGCCAUGAGACCAUUGAAAAAGAUUCAAAGCGUCGCAAAUUGGAAUCGUCAACCAGCAGUUCAAAGAAGGUGGAGGAACUGGUGGACAGCGUGAAGAAGGCGCGCGGCAUCAAGACCAAAGAGCGCAACAAGGACAAGCUGUCGGACGAGGAGCGCGACGCCCGCAAGGAUCGCAAGUUGGGGCGCAAGCGCGACCGCACUGAGGAGACCAACAGCAACGAACACAAGCGCCGGCGCGAAGCACAAAAUGGCGAAGACGAAAUCCGGGAAAGAGAGCGGCAUAGAGAAAAGUCCCCACGGGAGCGUUCUAAUGAAAAAUUCGAAAGGGAAAGGGCCAGCGGUUCGCGAGCCGAAGAGCGGCAGUACGUCAAGUCGACGCGCUCCUCCAGAGUCAACUACUAAAUGCAAUCGGGGAUUGAUACUCCCCGGUUUCGUGCAGUGUGCAUCGCAUUUUGAUUAAUUUUAAAGAAUUUGGAGUCGUUUAUUCGUCAGGAGCAAUUAUUUUAUCAAAGAGCGAAACUAAUUUUGAAAUAUUUACAAUUUUUUAGCAAAUAUUUUAAAAAGAAAAAUCCAAACAAUUACAUUGUAAAAAUUAUCAACGAUUUGUGUUAAUUCAAUGGGUCUAACAAUAGCCAAAACAUUUGUUUAUAAUAGAUAUUGAUUCCAUUCCCCCAAGAGAUUUCCUGAAUGUGUUUAAAUUUUUUAUUUUAUGUGCAUAAUAAAAUUGUAUAUUUCAAUAAGA